AGACAGAGCGGCGGAGGCUCAGACACAGCAGAGCCGGGGAAGGCGCAGGUUGUUAAUGCGUCUCUGCUGCAGCUUCUUCUGCUCCGUUUGUGCCGCUGACUGGAGUUAUACUUACCCUUUAAUAGGGGGAUUCGAUUCUGGAAAAGUGGAUUUGUCCCUCCCAUGAAACUGGACUAUUUUACUCCGGGGGGCUAUUAAUUAAUUCGGUUGGACUUUUCUGUCUCUUUUGGAACAACGUAUAACGCAUUUUGCCACUGGAUCCCCUCUACACGUAUAACCUGGGGGGUCUUUGCUCUUGAGACUGGACUUGUUCCCCCCCCCCCCCCCCCCCCCCCGCUGAUGACUGUGUGUUCCCCAAGAAUUUAGGGGUCCCUCACUCUGCAAUGGAACUUUUCUAAACUUUCAAGCACAGACCGGUUUAUAUUUCUUGGAUUUGGGGGAGUUUUACACUUACAGAACACACACAACUAGAAACAGGGGGUGUCCCUCUGCAGCUUGGGGUGCUCACACUCUACAACUGGGGGGUGCUGCUGCCCAAUGCUGGGGGUCUCCCCAAGGAUCUGCUCCAGGUAUAACGUUAUUUUUGCCUGCUAUAAAUCUGGGCAGUAAUUACCCCUCUCCCCGGGGGCUUGGGGCUUUUAUUAUUUUUGGCUUCCCCCUGGGGGUCUCACUUUACCUACUGGAGUGCAGAAGGUUCACAGAUUCUGGAUUUAACUCUUUCAUGCACGCUUUUAUGAAUAAGCUCUUGGUACCAGUGUAAAGCAGCAGUGACACCUCUAUUGUAGGACCCCCCCCCACCACCACCACCAUGGAGAAUGAGGAGUGGAAGGUGUCAGUGUGGGUUUGCCAAGAGGAGAAGCUGGUCUCUGGGCUUACCCGGCACACCACCUGUGCCGAUGUGGUCAGGAUUCUGCUGGAGGACCACAACCAACAGCAGGCUGAGGAAGGGUCCAUGCUGCUGGGACCCCCACAGUGCUAUUGUAUUGUGGAAAAGUGGAGGGGAUUUGAGAGGAUUUUGCCCAACAAAACUAAAAUCCUCAGACUGUGGACAGCAUGGGGAGAAGAGCAGGACAACGUGAGGUUCGUCUUGGUCCGCAGCGAGGCUUCCCUGCCCAACAUUGGGCCAAGGAGUGCAGAGGCCAAGGUGGUCCUAAGCAAGGAUAGCCCCUGUCACCAGAGGACACCCAGCAAGGCCAGCACCGGCCUGACCCAAGAGAAACAGCGCAGAGUGGUCCGGAAAGCCUUCAGAAAGUUGGCCAAAAUCAACAGAAAGAGACAGGAGCCGUUGCCCAAGGAGUCUUCCUCGGUGGAGAAGAUGGAAACGUUGGUGCAUCUGGUUCUUUCUCAGGACCAUACCAUCCGCCAGCAGAUCCAGAGGAUCAUGGAGCUGGACAGGGACAUUGAGAUGUUCGAGGCCAGAAUCCACUUUGACAGAAUGAAAAGACACGGGGUCAACUACGUCCAAGAGACCUACUUGGUGGGUGCCGCGCCGGACAAGGAUUUGGCCAAUGAUCCAACCAGUGAUCAAGCCCCCCAGGAGGAACUCUUUGCCGAGUACGCACAGAAGUGCGACCAGGUCUUAUUGCUGCAGGAACAGAUCGGCCAACAGGAGGAGGCCAUGGAGCAGAUCACAGUGCAGAUCCAGGAGGAGCUCAACAAGAGGUGGAUGGAGCGGCGUCAGGAGGAGCUCAGCGCCAAAGAGCAGGAGUCGUGCUUGCCGGACCAAGGGGGCGACGAAUCCCAGUUACUUUUAGAGCAGGAAAGGGUUAAAACAGAACUCAGCGCCAGUCUCUACAUCGGGCUGAGACUCAACACAGACUUGGAGGCCAUCAAGGCCGACUUGGAUUACACCCAACAAAUGUGGGACGAUAAAGAGAAAGAACUGCAGAGCCUGCUGCUCAGCCUCAGCGACCUGGAGACCUCGGGGUGUCAGGGCGAAAUAUCCUGCAAUGACCCCACGCUGGGGGUCGCAACUCCCACGGACAGCUGGGUAGAGCAGGACUUGGGGCGACAAACGAACUGCGAAGCUAACGAUGAGGAUUCAGACACCGGACUGAGUUCUAUGCACAGUCAGGAUUCGGACUCGGGCCCGGUAUGUGAGUCUCUUGUAUAGCCAAAUAGUCAAUAUACCUGUCUCUGCAAGCCGCUCUGGCACCACAAGGGUUAAACCAGUUACAGAUCUGCCUCCGACCCUCAGUGGGGGCUUGUGGGAGUUCUAAUUGCACUUCAGUCCCGGAACCGGACGGUUUGACUCUUUCACUGCAAUCCGAGGUUCUGCACGUUUAACCCCUUGUAGGUGGGAACAGUAAGAAAGGCUGAUGCUCUAGCUGAUCUGCCUUCAUACAUUAUACAUGUUUGGGUUCUGACUACUGAAACUCCAUUUUUCCCUGUACAUUUGUAUUUUUUUUAAAUAAACCUGUAGCUGAAAUUAAAUGCAA